AUCUUUCUGUGCCCCCACUUUCUUUAAUCUACACCGUUCAUUUUAUCAACGGUCCACUGCCCGUUGAUGAAUUGGGAUGAUAUACUACACACGAGUUGUGUAAAUGCCCAUCACCAGGAAGGAUGGUUAAUCUUGACCGUCAGUCCAUCUAUAAUCAACGUCUGCAAUGUUUGGCUUGUGGUACACGGUGGAUUGUCACUUUUAGACGGUGGAGAAUAGAAUAAUCCUACACGCGGGAUUAUCAUCUGAACUUAGAAUACUCCACCGUACAUCCGAUGUAUGUACGGUCAUCAGACACGGUGAAUAAUUAUUAGUCCGGAAUAUGGUACCCGGGUGACGCAAAUUUCCCUCGAGCUAAAGGGCGCUUAUGUGGUGGUCCUGCAGGAUCAAAAUGUUCCCCUGGGCAAGACCUAGUUUGUUUGUGGGCGUACUAGGCCUUGCACCAAGCCCUAUAGAAGCCCGAACCUUCACCAUCGUGAACGACUGCAAGGAAACUGUGUGGCCCGGGAUCACCCCUGGUGAGGCCCUCGCUGGUGGAGGCUUUGCCCUAAAACCUGGGCAGUCCCGCAUCCUCACUGCUCCCACUGGAUGGUCCGGACGUAUCUGGGGCCGCACGGGUUGUUCCUUUGACGACACUGGCAAUGGCAGCUGCCAAACCGGCGGAUGUGGUAGUUCCCUCAAAUGUGGUGGCUCUGGGAACACCCCUGCUACUCUAGCCGAAUUCACACUUGGAGCCAGAGAUUUUUAUGAUGUUAGCCUUGUUGACGGCUUCAACCUUCCCAUGGUGGUCACUCCAGUACAUGGCCAGGGAAAUUGUAGUUCCGCGGGAUGUGAUGGCGAUUUGAGGGAUACAUGCCCCUCAGAGUUAGCUGUGAAAGCCGGGAGUCAGACGGUCGGGUGUCGGAGCGCUUGCAAUGUGUUCGGGUCAGAGCAGUAUUGCUGCACUGGGAUGCAUGCCAAUUCACUCACUUGUCAGCCCACAUCAUAUUCCAAGAAGUUCAAGGAGGCUUGUCCUGCAGCUUACAGUUAUGCCUAUGAUGAUCCCACCAGCAUCUUUAUAUGUGUGGAUGCGGAUUAUAUCGUUACCUUUUGCUCCAAGAGGGGACGCAAGGUGUGCACUUACUUCAACAACAAGCUCACAUGCACCGGAGGUUCCCGAUCGCUUAGCCCUCCGAGAUGGGCGGCCAUGAUUUUCUUGGCGUGGAUUGUUUUGUGGGUUGUAUUCUUGAGGACUUAAUAUAAAUGAACAUUUUCCUCAAGUGUAUAUUCUGAUUGUGCACAUUGAUUCUUAUUAUUUUUUCUAGGAAGGUUCCAUGAAAUGAAAUGCAUUGUUGUUAAUUGUUUGAAA